ACCCACGAUGAAAAUUUUAGCUUUCUUUGUCAUAUAUAUUAACAGUAGCAACAAGCUUCAAGACAAAAGUUUCUUUGUUCUCAUAUAUAGGACCCUACUACAACUCCUAUAACCCAUCUUCUCUUUCCCACAAUGACUCACUGUUAAGAAUUGUAUGCAGAUAACCAUUCUCUUUUCUCAUUCUUUCUCUCUGUUUCUCACCUUCCAAACACCCCUGUUUUUCAGUGCACUUAUCAAUUCUUGAUCUCUUUCUCUUCACUCUUACACACAUACAAGAGAGACGAAAAAAAUGAAAAUGGAAGCAAACUCAACAACCAAAUGGUUUUCUUCACUAUGUAUGAUGGUGUUAUUAUCUCUAUGUUCACUCCACUUAAUACAAUGUAAUGUUACUUAUGACAAGAAGGCUCUUAUCAUUAAUGGGCAAAGAAAAAUUCUUUUCUCUGGCUCCAUUCACUAUCCAAGAAGCACUCCUCAGAUGUGGGAAGGACUAAUACAGAAGGCUAAAGAUGGUGCUUUGGAUGUUAUAGAUACUUAUGUUUUUUGGAAUCUUCAUGAGCCUUCUCCUGGCAAUUAUAAUUUUGAAGGAAGGUAUGAUUUGGUUCAAUUUAUUAAGUUAGUCCAAAAAGCUGGGCUCUAUGUGCAUCUUCGCAUUGGACCUUAUGUAUGUGCAGAGUGGAAUUUUGGAGGGUUUCCUGUUUGGUUGAAGUUUGUUCCAGGCAUCAGCUUUAGGACAGACAAUGAGCCUUUCAAGCUGGCAAUGCAAAAAUUCACCCAAAAAAUAGUUCAAAUGAUGAAAGAUGAAAAAUUGUUUGAGUCUCAAGGUGGGCCCAUUAUAUUGUCUCAGAUUGAAAAUGAAUAUGAACCUGAAGAGAAGGCAUUUGGAGAUGCUGGCUAUGCAUAUAUGACUUGGGCUGCACAUAUGGCUCUUUCAUUGAAUACUGGGGUUCCAUGGGUUAUGUGCAAGCAAUCUGAUGCCCCUGAGCCAGUGAUAAACACAUGCAAUGGUUUUUACUGUGACUAUUUCACUCCAAACAAACCUUACAAACCAACAAUGUGGACUGAGGCUUGGACUGGCUGGUUUAAUGAUUUUGGAGGUCCAGUACACCAGCGCCCUGCAGAGGAUUUAGCAUUUGCAGUUGCUAGGUUCAUUCAAAAAGGAGGCUCCUUUGUUAACUAUUACAUGUAUCAUGGAGGGACAAAUUUUGGAAGAACAGCUGGAGGACCUUUCAUUACUACCAGCUAUGACUAUGAUGCACCCAUUGAUGAAUAUGGAUUAAUUAGACAACCUAAGUAUAAUCAUCUAAGGGAUCUUCACUUGGCUAUUCAGUUGUGUGAGAAAGCUUUGCUCACUUCUGAUCCUACGGUCACAGCCUUGGGAAGUUAUCAACAGGCACAUGUAUUCUCUUCUAAAUCAGGAGAUUGUGCAGCUUUUCUGUCAAACUACAAUCCAAAGGUUACUGCAAGGGUGACAUUUAAUAACCUGCAUUACAGCCUGCCGCCUUGGUCCAUCAGCAUCCUUCCUGAUUGCAAAAAUGAUGUUUUCAACACUGCCAAAGUUGGAGUUAAAACAUCCCAAGUGGAAAUGUUGCCCACAGAGAGUGAAUUUGAUUCAUGGGAGGCCUUUAGUGAAGAUGUGUCAUCUGUUGAUGAUACUAAAAUAUAUACAGUUGCUGGCCUUUUGGAGCAAAUAAAUGUUACAAGAGAUACAAGUGACUAUUUAUGGUACACAACUGGUGUUCAUAUAAGUUCAUCUGAAUCAUUUCUAAAAGGAGGCCAACAACCCAUUCUCACAGUGGAAUCAUCAGGCCAUGGGUUGCAUGUCUUUGUCAAUGGGCAGCUUUCUGGAUCUGCCUAUGGGACAAGGGUAUACAAAAGAUUCACUUAUAAAGGAGAAGUGAAGCUACAUGCUGGAAGAAACAGAAUUUCAUUGCUAAGUAUAGCAGUUGGAUUGCCAAAUGAUGGUCCCCAUUUUGAGACAUGGAAGACAGGAAUCCUAGGGCCAGUCCUCCUCCAUGGCCUAGACAAAGGGCAGAGGGACUUGACGUGGCAGAAAUGGUCAUAUAAGAUUGGGCUUCAAGGAGAAGACUUGAAUUUGGGAUCUCCAAAUUCUAUCCCAUCAGUUGAAUGGACUCAAAGGUCCAUAGUAGUACAAAGACAACCAUUGACUUGGCAUAGGGCCUUCUUUGGAACACCUAAAGGAGAUGAGCCCUUGGCCUUAGACAUGAGCAGUAUGGGAAAGGGCCAAGUGUGGAUCAAUGGGCAAAGCAUUGGAAGAUAUUGGAGUGUUUAUGCUAAUGGCAAUUGCACUGGCUGUAGUUAUAAGGGCACUUUCAGGCCCACAACCUGCCAGUUUGGUUGUGGCCAACCAACUCAAAAAUGGUACCAUGUUCCUAGAUCAUGGUUGAAGCCAACCCAAAAUUUAUUGGUUGUAUUUGAAGAAACUGGAGGAGAUGUAUCAAAGAUAUCUUUAGCAAAAAGAUUAGUGACAAGUGGUUAGCUAUUAGCCACAUCUCAAAUUAUCAAUGCAUAAAUCAAAAAAAGAAAGCAACCUAUGUAUAGAUAAUCAGACAUGGAGUAGAUGUAUUGAGCUUUUAUGGUGCUGUGACAGGCUCUUUCCAUCAACAUUAUCAGAAAGGAAUUCUAGAAAUGUAGGACACUGCCUUUUACUAGACUAUCCAUAAAUAUUAUACAAAACCCUAUCUUUCCUAGGGUACUAAAUUUUUAUGCUGUGGCUUAAAACCAUCACAGAUAAGAUUUAAAUGAUGGCAAGUUAUUUUGUGGUGCUAA